AUGAAUUCCUCAAACCUCAACCAGUCCCACCUUCCAUCAUAUGAAAACCGAUUGGCAAGUGAAUCUCGAAUCGCUAGAAUCAACGAAAUCUACAAUCGAAGUCAUAAACAGGACUCACAGAAGCAUAGGGACUCUAUAAUAUCGGAUAAUUCUACGUCAGUUGUCUCUGACUUACACGAUGGUCCCUAUUUGCAAGAAAGCCAACCGGUUGUUGACCUGAACUACAGACAGCAAGAGUUUCUGGAUAAAAGGCCCACCAACAACAUUGAAGCACCUGAAUUCAGCACCAUCAAAUUAGAAGACGGUUUCAAUCCUUUCAGGCCAAGAUUUACAGAGGUGAGACCACGUUCAAAGGACGAAAUGGAGCAGGAACUGCAUUUUACACCAAAACUGCGAUCCAGAAGAAGUAUAAUAUUCUCCAGAACACCGAGCAACGACAUCCCAGUAAGAGAGGAAGCCCUGCACCUUUUCAAAAAUCGAAAUCGGCAUUUUUCUUCUGACAUCGGAAAAAAUGAGUCUACCACGUCUGCUAAGUCUCGAGAAAGCUUCAAAGAACUGAAAGCCAGACUGGGCAAACCUCUCCCGCUAGGAUAUCUGUCCUCUUCGUCUGAAAACCAUGAAGAAAAUCCAGAAUCACACAAGAAAGCAGUCAAACCUCGCUGGAAACGUAUCUUGUCCAGUUCCGAAAAGCGGCCGGAUUGGACAACGUUACAGGACCGAAUCCGUUCACCGUCAGAUCACGGUAGCAUUAGGAUGCACGCUUCCGACUCAGAAAUGUCACUUGCGGGACUGUUGGGUGACGAUGAGGAUAGAGCGAAUGAUGGAGCGGCAGCAGACCCUUCUAAACUCGUGGUUGAUGAAGAGCACUUCGAGACAAUCAAUGAAAACCUUCGAACCAACACUGAAAAGCUGGAUCAGAUUAUGACCAUUCUGGAUGAGAGAAGCCAAAAUAACGGUAAACUUGAGGCGGUAGCAUGGGUUACCUGUAUUAUAAUUCUAGUUUUGCUCAAUGUAUUUCUGAGCAAUGUGUAG